AUGACAGCACCGGCUUUCAGAGAAGAAAUGCGGAAAAUCUUGGUAGCGAUUCUGGCAAUCGUUUGCCUAGUUGAUGCUCAAUUUCGUUGCAAAAACAUGAAUGGGAAAGAUGUUGAUUGGUUUGUCGCAAUAAAGCUGCCCGCGAAUGUUGACGAAAGAAAAGGACGAAGUUUUGUCUACUAUGACUCUUCUCAAAGUGGAUGGAUUCCGGCAAUCGGUGCUACUUUAAAGCAGCUCUACACUAGCAACGAUAAAACAACUUUCAAAAUUGCGUACAAUGAUGACUGCCCCGGAAAGCAAGUAGACAGUGGACGUGGCCACAGCAAAGGUGUUGCUGUUUUUACUAUUGAUAGCGGAUUCUGGAUGGUGCACAGUGUUCCCAACUUCCCUCCUCCUGAAAAAUACGACUACCCGGAAACAGGCUUCGAAAAUACGCACAGUCGUUUAUCUGUCUUUCGCUCGAUGCCAAUUAUCUUGAAGAUAUCAGCCAGAAAUCUCUCGGACGAUCAGACACACGGUUCACCACUUCUCACGACUUUGAAACUCGCGGUCACAAGAGAAUCAAGGCAUUUGCAAAGCAUAAGAAAUUCGGAAAAGAUUUAUGGCACGACUUCAUUGCUCCGUACCUCAGAACCCCUAUGGCAGUCGAGAACCUGGAGGAACGGCGCUGCUAAAGAUGUCGGCACGCAGUGCGAUGAUGGGGAAAACGUUUACGACGUCACUUCUGUGAAGGUGUUGGACAAAGAGUAUGCCAGUUCCAAGGAUCAUUCAAAGUGGGGUGUGUCCAUGAGCGAGUCUGUACCAGCUGUAUGUAUAGGGGACGUUAACAGACAGGAGUCACAAUUCAAGCGUGGAGGCGGCGCUGUUUGCAUUGAAGAUAUAACAUUAUGGCGAACGUUCCGUGGUUCGGUGAACUCUUUCUUGGAUUGUGGUGUGGUGCAUGAAAAGAAGUCAUCUAAGGAAGCCAACGAAGAACGGCAAGAAGGAAGCAUGACAAUUGUGAGUAUACAUACAUAA